UGUCAGGUUACGUCCUGCACGGUGUCCCUGAGUAGUUGCGACGAGUGUGGUCCUACUGGCGCCUGUCAUGGUAGCAAAUGAGUUUCCAUGGGGUAGCCUUUAGGAUGGAUGCUCAUCUUUUCGGGCUGAAAACGCACUUGUCACUAUGCGGUUACUCUUGGCCUGGGUGUCGGGUUACGUCCUGCACGGUGUCCCUGAGUAGUUGCGACGAGUGUGGUCUUACUGGCGCCUGUCAUGGUAGCAAUUGAGUUCCCAUGGGGUAGUCUUUAGGAUGGAUGCUCACCUUCUUCCUUUGUGACAUUCAAAUGACCACCAUAACUGUGAUGCCAUGCUAAUUGACUUUUAUUUUUUAUUUUUUAUUUUUAUUUUUUCUUAUCUAGAUUAUCCUCUGCUGACCUUUACACAACCCUGGUGCCCUUUACUACAUGUACAGUGGCCGGACAAAAUAUAUUUUUCUACGGAAUAGAAUACUAAAUGGAUUAAGCCAAUUUCCGUAAGUUAUAGCAUGUCGUACCUAUCAUACAACCUUGAAGCUAUACCAACACUACUUUUUAUGCUAACACUUCCAACUCCAACUAACCGACAUAGCGGCGAGCUUGCAUCUGCAGCAGCGAGAGAUGUUCGCCUGUAUGUAGAGAGUACACAUGAUGUGACCACGAAAUCACUGCAGAGUAG